CUUCCCCGUCCCCGUCCCCGUCCCGUCCCGUCCGCCCACAAAACCAUAACUGCCCGCGGCCGCAGCCUCUGACACCGCACGCGUCAGCCUGCCGUGCGUCCAUCCGGGGCAUGCCUUUGACCCGGCGUCGUCAAGCUCAAGCCUUUGCCAAGGAAGGUUUUGGUAGCCAGGCCAACCCAUACCCAUAGGCCAUAGCACGCCCGCCGGCAGAUCGAGAGGAGCUCGAUCGGCCGCCGGUGGGGAUUCCAUUCCAUAUGCUCUUUCCCUCCUCCACCACCGCCUCCCACCUUUUAUCCCCACCACGUCCCGCUCGCCGCCACCACGCCGCACCCGCAGCCUAGCCGCCGCCACCAUGCCUCCCCUCCUCCACCCCGCCCUCCUCCCGCUCCUCGCCCUCCUCCUCCUCCUCCCCCCCGCCGCCUCCGCCUCGCCGGAGCACGACGCCUACGCGCUGGCCCGCCUCAAGGCGGCGCUCGUCCCCGCCGCCAACCAUUCCGCGGCGCUCGCGGACUGGGACCCCGCCGCGGCCCCGCUCGCGCACUGUGCCUUCUCGGGCGUCGCCUGCGACCCCGCCACGUCCCGCGUCGUCGCCAUCAACAUCACCGCCCUCCCGCUCCACGGGGGCUCCCUCCCGCCCGAGCUCGCGCUGCUCGACGCGCUCGCCAACCUCACCCUCGCCGCCUGCUCCCUCCCGGGUCGCGUCCCGCCCGCGCUCGCGUCCAUGCCCGCGCUCCGCCACCUCAACCUCUCCAACAACAACCUCACCGGCCCGUUCCCGCCGCCGCCGCUCUCCGCCGGCGAGCCCUACUUCCCCGCGCUCGAGCUCAUCGACAUGUACAACAACAACCUCUCCGGGCCGCUCCCGCCGUUCGGGCCGACCCACGCCCGCCUCCGCUACCUCCACCUCGGCGGGAACUACUUCAACGGCUCUAUCCCGGCCUCCUUCGGCGACCUCGCCGCGCUCGAGUACCUGGGCCUCAACGGCAACGGCCUCUCCGGCCGCGUCCCGACCGAGCUCGCGCGCCUCGCCCGCCUCCGGGAGAUGUACAUCGGCUACUUUAACCAGUACACCGGCGGCGUCCCGCCCGAGUUCGGCGACCUCCGCUCGCUCGUCCGCCUCGACAUGAGCAGCUGCAACCUCGCGGGCCCCGUCCCGCCGGAGCUCGCGCGCCUCACCCACCUCGACACGCUCUUCCUCUCCAUCAACCAGCUCACCGGGGAGAUACCGCCGCAGCUCGGCGACCUCGCCAGCCUCCAGUCGCUCGACCUCUCCAUCAACGAGCUCGCCGGCGAGAUACCCCCCAGCUUCGCCAACCUCGCCGGCAGCCUCAAGCUGCUCAAUCUCUUCCGCAACCACCUCCGCGGCGAGAUACCGGAGUUCCUCGGCGACUUCCCGCACCUCGAGGUGUUGCAGGUCUGGGACAACAACCUCACCGGCCCCCUCCCGGCCUCGCUUGGGAGGAACGGCCGCCUCAAGAACCUGGACGUCACCGGCAACCACCUCACCGGCACCAUCCCGCCGGACCUCUGCCUAGGGCGGAGGCUGGAGAUGCUCGUGCUCAUGGAGAACGGCUUCUUCGGCCGCAUUCCCGAGUCGCUCGGCGACUGCAAGACGCUCAAGCGCGUCCGCCUCGGCAAGAACUUCCUCACGGGCCCCGUCCCGGCGGGGCUCUUCGACCUCCCCCAGGCGGACAUGGUGGAGCUCACCGACAACCUGCUCACCGGCGAGCUCCCGGACCUGAUCGGCGGCGACAGGAUGACCAUGCUGAUGCUAGGGAACAAUGGGAUAGGCGGCCGCAUCCCUCCGUCGAUCGGCAACCUCCAAGCGCUGCAGACCUUGUCCCUGGAGUCGAAUAACUUCUCUGGACCCUUGCCGCCGGAGAUUGGCAAGCUCAGAAACCUCACCCGGCUCAACUUCAGCGGCAACGCGCUCACCGGAGGCAUCCCGCAGGAGCUCACGGGCUGCGCCUCCCUCGGCGCCGUCGAUCUCAGCCGGAACGACCUCACCGGUGAGAUACCGGCCACCAUCACGUCGCUCAGGAUCCUGUGCACGCUGAACGUGUCCAGGAACAGGCUGUCCGGCGAGCUCCCGCCGGCGAUGCCCAACAUGACGAGCCUCACCACGCUGGACGUCUCCUACAACCAGCUGUCGGGCCCCGUGCCGAUGCAGGGCCAGUUCCUGGUGUUCAACGAGAGCUCGUUCGCCGGCAACCCCGGCCUGUGCGGCGCGCCGUUCGCCGCCGCCGCCUGCCCUCCGGCCGCGCCGCUCUCCCUGCGGCGUUGGGGCUCCUCCAAGAGGAUGCUGGUGUGGCUCGUCGUCGCGCUCGCCCUCCUGAUCGCGGCCUUCCUCGGCGCGAGGAAGGGGCGCGAGGCGUGGCGCGAGUCAGCGCGGCGGCGGUCGGGCGCGUGGAAGAUGACGGCGUUCCAGAAGCUGGACUUCUCGGCGGACGACGUGGUGGAGUGCCUUCGGGAGGACAACAUCAUCGGCAAGGGCGGCGCGGGGAUCGUGUACCGCGGCGUGGCGCCCGGCGGCACGGAGCUGGCGAUCAAGCGGCUCGUGGGGCGGGGCUGCGGCGACCACGACCGCGGGUUCACGGCGGAGGUGACGACGCUGGGGCGCAUCCGGCACCGCAACAUCGUGCGGCUGCUGGGGUUCGUCUCCAACAGGGAGACCAACCUGCUCCUCUACGAGUACAUGCCCAACGGGUCCCUGGGCGAGAUGCUGCACGGCGGCAAGGGCGGCCACCUCGGGUGGGAGGCCAGGGCGCGCGUCGCGGCGGAGGCGGCGUGCGGGCUCUGCUACCUCCACCACGACUGCGCGCCCAGGAUCAUCCACCGCGACGUCAAGUCCAACAACAUCCUGCUCGACUCCGGUUUCGAGGCGCACGUCGCCGACUUCGGUCUCGCCAAGUUCCUGGGCGGCGGCGGCGGCGGCACCUCCGAGUGCAUGUCGGCCAUCGCCGGAUCCUACGGCUACAUCGCGCCAGUGUUUGUACUACUAGCAUUCUGUGUGCCUCGAGCUGCAUAGUCAACUGGAGAGAUGACAAAAAGCAGCGUGCCUCGGUUCAGAGAAUCAAACGGUAACUUUUUCGUAGUCACAUUUGCAAGUGCAAUGCAUGGUGGUACACUGUAGCACUGGUGAUAGACAGACGGUGAUUAACUUUAAUCAGUGCCUUGCUCUACCAAUGCUUCUUUGGAUUCUAGCUUGGAUCCGGCAUGUCCCUAGAAGUAGAUCUUUGUUGUCAUCUGAGAGGUCAAUGGGGGACACUAUAGGACAAACCCUGCCUUUGGAUUAGAGGAGUGGGCAUUCUGCUGCAGUGCUUGUGCUGUUCCUUUGUUUUGUUAUAGCCUUGCCCUUGGCUGUGUUUAGUUUCCCCAAAUUCCUCCAAAUUUUCCAAAUUUUCUAUCACAUCGAAAUUACAUCGAAACAUUAAAUAUAACAAAUGACUCAUACAUGACGUACUAAAUGUAGGUAAAUAAAAAAAAACUAAUUGCAUAGCUUUGAUGUACGUUACGAGACGAAUCUUUUGAGCCUAGUUAGUCUAUGGUAGAACAAUAUUUAUCAUAUAUAAAUGAAAAGUACUACAAUGUUUUUUGUAAACAUUUUUUACAUCUUUUUUGCAACUAAACACAGCCCUCGUGGGUCUUCAGGCAAAUUGAUCCGACAUGGUUUCUCUCCAUUGCAUUUCCAUCUCCAUGCCUGCCUGUAGCAGAUCUGCUGCCCAUUGUCUUGACUUGUCAGAUACCUCAUAAAUCUGUCAGCUUCUGCUUCACUAUGCAGCUAGAUUCAGUCCUAGUACUUACUGCUGUAAUAACUUUCUUUGGUGUGUUGGACACGCACAGUAAUAAAUUCAAACGUUGUGUU